GUACAUUCACUAUCGGGGUCCAUGUGCUCCUGUUCAGCAGAUUGUAGCCCCUGCGUUUGGGGAGCUACGCUCUUGCUUAGUGGUGGGGGUUUGGGGGGGGCGCCUUCUCCCUCCCUCCUUGUCUCUCUCAAUCUCUCCGGGUCCACCCACCGAACCUCUCAACCAUGCCGAGCCAAGAGGGAGACCCCGGUGAGGGUGCGAACCUGGCCGCGUGGCUUCGCGUGGCGUCGGCGCGACUGAGGCAGCUGGAGGCAUCUGUGCAGAGGGACCUCGGAUGGACGCGCAGGGACGCGCACCUCCAACAGCUCAAGGACGUGUUUGAGGAGAUCGACUGCCGCGUGGAGGCCGCGCAGGCCCUGCGGGAGGCCGGGGCGGGGGCACCGAAGGGGGGCGGCGAGGGAGCGGCGGAGCAGGCGUGGUACUCGCUCCGCGUGGCCGCCCUCGUGCUGCGGGAGCGCGUGUUGCUGGGGCCCGCAUCCUCCUGCCCCCCGUCGUCGCCGUCGUCCCACCGCGACAACGUCGUUGACGUCCUGCAGGAGAUCGACGCUGCUGCGGGGGCGAGCUCCGCGGAGCCCUUCGCCGAAGCGGACAGAGCGGGAGACGUCCCCGCUCCCCAGUUCCCCUUACUACCUCUCCGUGGACGGCGACGUCUCCGCACGCGCCCGGCUCCCCUCCGGCACCAAGUCGACGCGUCAGUCCCGGCCCGCGUCCUCGGCGCGAACCUGAGUUUCCCGUCGAGCCCGCCCUCUCGAGCCCUCGCGAGAGCCGGCCGUCGUCCGAGCCGGCCGGAGCAUCCGCGCCCAAGACGUUUGGCCGCUGGAGCUACAUGGAGCUGACCGAGGAGAUCGCCGGCUACCCGGGGAGCGGUGCGGACCCGUGGGGCGUGCCGGGAGUCGUCGCCGCCGAUCGCGGCCGCCGUGCAGCUCGGCGGCGAAGACGAGACUUUGUCGCGAGCGCCGGGUGGGUCCCGUGCCGAGGAAGCUUGCCGACGCGGUUCCGUGGUCCUUGGAUGAAUGCCACGGCACCGGCGACGGUUUCCUCUCCCCGUGGAUGGCGCUCGAUCCGCGAUGGAAUCCGCUCGUCCCGGCCGUUGUGGACGGCUCGGCGCCGACGGGGGUGGAGUGCGCGUGGCGGUGGGACGCGAGCGUCGCGAAGCCGUCGCGGCACCACGACGGCGUCGUAGGCAUCUCGAGGA